UAUCAUUUUCUGUUAGUUCGGGAACGCGACUAUAGAUGGCAAUCUAAUAAUUGGGACAGAAAAAGCCACGAAUUUCGAAUGCAAGUUAUCUGUUUGUAAAGUGUGUCAAGGUCAAAGACCGAGAGAUAAGUUUCACGCAGUGACAUCUAGCGAUUGUACAGCUACUUGCAAACAAUCAGUGGGGGACCAAAAAGCCAGCCUCUGAUUGGCUAUCAAGGAAAAUGUUGACCAAUGAAAUCUAAUGUUACAUAAUCCCCUUGUUUGUCCAAAAUGGCGGUCUGUGGUUGUGAAAUGUCGUGCAAAUCAGCUAUGUCUGCAAAUUUCUCCGGUUUUCUGUCCGCUUUCACCGUUUUCUCUGCACCCACUGGGCCUUCUUUCAGCUAGACUUGGUGUCACCUUCACAAUUAUGGCUGCCUGAGAGGAGGGGGAACCAUGGAGCAGUGCUAGGGUCUGGGGAGGGGGGUGAACAUUAUUCUGACUCUGGGGAAAAAGCAAAGGGGAUCAGACUUUUGCCAAAGACUGCUAAGAGUUUAUUCACUGCCUUAAAAUCUAUUAUUUUUGUGGAAAAUCUUGAACACUGUUAAGACUUUAUUAUAUAAUAAAGAACUGUGCCAAUAAGAUUUUGUGUAAAGCCAUAAAUUGUUUAUAUUAUAAUACAGAAGAGCACUCUAUUUUUCUAUAUAAACAAAAAGUAAGUAAAAAAAAGUUGGACUGUUUAAGACUUCAACCAAACUGUCCAUGAUACUGAGGACAAUCAGUAGGGGUAGGACUCGGUGUUGUGUGGUAGGACAGGGGGGUGGGGAGAGAGAAUUCUACAUCAGCGACCUUCACUCAAGGUCAAAAGGUCACCAUGGAGAAGAUCCUGGAGCCUGACUGCACGCCGAGAUGUCGCUCGUUCCGGCACGCGAGGGACCUGUUCUCCGUGAUCACGCAGGGAACCCUCGCUCACGUCAAGUCGUUCUUCGCAAACUGCCACAACUCGGCGACCGUGUUUGACGAGCACGGUCGCACGGCGCUGCACGUGGCGGCGUCCUGCGGGAAGUGGCGCGUGGUGGAGUGGCUGCUGGGAUUGCGCCGUGUGGAGGUGGGGAGGAAGGACUGGGAGUCCGGCUGGACGGCGCUGCACAGGGCUGUGUUCUACGGGCAGGUGGCAUGUGCCCUGCCACUUAUCAGGGCUUCUGCCAGUCUGCAGGCCCAGGACAAGGAAGACAUGACCCCACUUGACCUCAUCAGGAGAGACCUGCCAGCCUAUGUGGAGUUUAGAACCACAGACCCAGCAGAUGCCUACAGCUGGGGAACCAACACUAACUUCACUCUGGGACACGGCAGUCAGCAGAGCAGGCAACAUCCUGAACCUGUGGAGCACCUGUUUAAGGAGGGGGUCAGUGUCGCUCAGGUUGUCAUGUGCAAGUUCCACACAGUGUUCCUGUCCCACAGUGGGAGGGUGUACACCUGUGGGCAUGGCCGGGGUGGAAGGCUAGGCCACGGCAGUGAGCAGACUUACAUGGUGCCCACUUUAGUAGAGGGUCUUGCCUCUCAGACGUGUAUCCAGAUAGCAGCAGCCAGGGAUCAUACUGUGGUGCUUACGGAUGAAAACACAGUGUUCAGUUUUGGACUGAACUACUGCCACCAGCUGGGGGUGCAGCCUGCACCUAAAUUCUCCACCACGCCCAGACAGGUUGCCCCAAAGUACCUGCGGAACAAACAUAUAAAGGGUGUGGCAGCAGGGCGGUUCCACACAAUACUGUGGACAGAUGAUGCUGUCUACACCUGCGGGCUUAACGCUGGCCAUCUCGGCCUGCCUAAAGGUGACAGGACACAGGUGCAGCCUCACCUGGUCUCCGCCCUCAAUCUGAAGGACAUUCACAUCGCCAUGGUAACAGCGAGCGACGGGGCGACGGUCAUCGCGACACAGAAGGGAGACAACUAUGACGUGUUCCUGCUGACAGACUAUCAGUGCAGAAAGAUCGCUUCAAAGCAGUUACACCUGACACAGCUGGCAGUGUUUGGUGGACACCUGGACUCCAGUCUGGACAGAGACACUCUACAGGAACAGGGGGGCGAUGACCUAGUUGUGCUGGCGCUCAACUCAGCCAAUAAGGUGUACGUCUGGAGACCUUCCUACACGUCCUUCCACCGCUGUUCGUGGAACUUCCGCCACCGAGACCUCUUGGUGACGGAUGUGAGCGUGCACAAGAACGGGAUCGUCCUGUGCACGCCGCAGGGGGAGGGCUUCACGGGCAGCUUUGUCAAUCUCAAGAAAAAACAGGAGUCUUUAACCGCAAAAGGCACUGAAGCCAAAGACAAGACUUCGUCCUCGUUUGACUCCUUCUCGUUGGCGGCGGUUCUUGAGAAGUUCGAGAAGGAAGAAAAAGACGCUGUUCAGCUGGAGAGGAUCCCCUUUAUCCACCGUGCAACGGGCGUGACCUCUGACCCUAAGGGGAGGAACUUUGUUGCUCUGCAGGUGGACCCAAAGGCGAGCCUACUUGAGGUGCCGACAAUCAGUCCAUCGGAGAUGGGGAAAACCUUCAGGACUCUCAUGGAUGAGGCCAGUUGCCAUGACAACAUCCAUGAUGUCAUCAUACAGCUCCAUGGCCAGUCCAUCCCAGCACACAAGUUUAUCCUCGCCUCCCGUAGCGACUACUUCCGCAAACUUUUCCACUCCGACAAUCUUGAGAAUUCCGACUCCAACAACUCAGAAGUCCUCAAGGUCAACAAAGAAGUUGUCAAGGUUGAGAAAGUCAACCAUCACAUCUUCCUGAACCUGCUCCAGUUCAUCUACUCUGACACCUGUGACCUGCUGACCCAGGGUUAUAGGCCAAAGUUCAAGAUCAAAGUUGAAGGGUCAGAGGGCAAAGGUGGGGGAGACACAGGGAUGUUGAAUGGCGUGAAGAAUGGAGAAUUUGGGGAGUUUUCUCUGGACGACAUCGCUCACCAGUCAGCCUUCAGUGUGUACUCGCAAGGGAAGAAGUCUCAGAAGCAGAAGAACAAGCCGUCUAAGGAGGCCAAGUCCAACCAGCAGGCUGAGGACGACUCGUCAAACCCUGUCAAGGUUCUGCAGAACACUGCCAAGAGGUUUGGGGUUCAAAAUCUGGCAAAAAAGUUGGAAGGGGUGAAGCUGGUGGGUUCCAAAGUGGAGAUCACAGAGAAGAAACAGACCCAGCGCUUCAGAUUCACCCGGACUAAAAGCUCCCACCUGUACGACCUGGCCAUCAGGUGUGUGGAUGGGGAGGAGGUGCCGUGUCACAAGUGUGUGCUGGUGGCCCAGCUGGAGUACUUCCACAGUAUGCUGGGGUCAGGAUGGUUAGAGACGUCUGCAGACACCCCACUAGAACUGCCCAUCCCCUCAGACGUCCUGUCCCAUGUGUUAGAGUUCCUGUACACAGACGACUGUCGGCCCGUCCGUGAGUCCCAGAACAUGGAGCUGUUGUGUAACGUGCUGACCACAGCUGACCGACUGCUCAUCACCAGGCUGAAGGAGAUGUGCGAAGUCUCACUCGUCAACCUCAUCACCCUGAGGAACGUUGCAGAGCUGUUGGAGUUUGCCUCCAUGUUCAACUCCCAGCAGCUGAAGGCAGCCUGUACCCAGUUCAUCUGUCUCAACAUGGCUCCUCUGCUGGAGGCAAGGUGCCUGGAGGUGUUAAGCGAGGAUGUGCUGGAUGAGCUUGGUGCUGCGUACCGUGGGUCCAUCCCUGCCAUGUGUCGCAGGGUCAUCACUCCUUAUAUGGACGGUCCCGACCUGAGCACCAUAGCAACAGAGGAGGACAGUCUGGAUGAGGAGGAGUUCAGCAUGGAGAUGUCCCAGUCAUUCACUGAUGAACCUUUCAUAAGUGUUGAGGACAGCGGGUUCUCCCAGCGCAGACACAGAGACAGCACCAGCAGCAACCACGAGCCUGUCAGUGGGACCCCCAGCCAAGCAUGGAAGAAAGCCAAGGCUAAACCCAAGAAACGCACACGUAAAAGAACGGACAGCACCAAAGGCCUGAACCUGUCUGACCUCUUGCCGGGAUACAGCCCAGAGAAAGGUGACCAGCAAGACGUUGACCUGCUGAGCAGGAGCUUUGAGGGGGUCAGAGUUCAUGACCUGUCUGCAGGAGAGGAUGAUGGGAGAAGUUCACAUGGAGAUCCAGAGAAAGAGAAUCUAGCCCCUCCUGAGAGUGAUGCCUCCUCACAUCACGAGACAUCCAGCCAGGAUGGAUCCAUCCCAGAAUGCACCUCUCCCCCACCCACAAUGCAACCUGGUGCUGUGCCAAAGAAGGGACCAUGGACUUGGGCAGGACCCAGUAGUCCACCAUCGUCAGCCUUUGACCUGAGGCAGAUCAUGGCAGCUGAGCAGACUGCAGCCCACAGGAAGGUGCCGAGCCUGCAGCUGCAGAAAACAGCUGCAGCACAGAAAACAGCUGCAGUGCAGAAAACAGCCGCAGCUCAGAAAACUGCUGCAGCACUCAGGCCCGCAGCAGUAUCACCUAGAACUCCACCUGCAACAAAACCAGCAAGUGCCCCGUCUCCGUCACCUCAAGGACUGGUCAUCACCACUAAGAUGUCUCAGAAGGAGCGGAAGAGACAGCUGAAGUUCCAGGAGGAUUCCAACGCACAGAAGGAACAAGUAGCACGCACUCAAGGAAAACCAGCAUCUAACCCAUGGGGCCCCACCCCCAGCCCUGCUGCCCCUGCCAUGUCCUUCAGACAGGUCCUACAGGAGGAGGAGGGAGGAGGCAGGGCUGCUGUUACCAUGGCAACCUCUCCCCCAUCUCACAGUCAGGAGAAGACAAUCAGUUGGGGCUUACCAGUUCAUGGAGCAAAGCAUCAUGGGAACAAACCAGAGAAGCAGGCAGAUUCCCCACAAUCCCCCAGGUCACCCCAGAGUCCAACAGAACAAUCCAACCCUUGGCAGAGAAAGGUUCCGUCCAGCCCUCCUGCUCAAUCCACCGUCCAGCUGUCAGCUAUCAUCGAGUCGGAGAAGGAACAGCGAGAGAAUCUGGUUAGAGCGGCUAACAAGCCUCUCGCCCUUAUUCAGAUUGAGGAACGAGCCAUGCAGGAGCUGCUGGAGCACUAUGCUGCCGCAGGUCACCCCGAGGAGGUCAUCACCGUGGCGAGGGAGGUCAAGGUCACCGCAGCCCCUGUGUGGAGGGCUUAGCAAGUCAAAGGUUGCACAUGUUGGGAGGUCAAAGGUCACACAAAGAAAGUGUGGAGAAGUUAGACUGACGGGUUUUGAACAAAAAAGAGUUAACCAUGAUUAUUUCCAUCAAUUUUGCAAAAAUCUGGUUAAAAGCUCUAUGUUUCUUGUGUGUAGAGGAUAGUCAUACAUGAUCAGUGUUAUAACUUACCAUGAAUGUGUGGUAUUGUACAAUGUAUGGGUUAAAAUUCUUCUGUUCAAUGCACAGUGCUACAGGGCAGAUAUCUGUAGGCUCAACUACAUGUAGUAUAAUAUUUGGCUUGAAGGCCUUGAAAACUGAAAGACAAUUUAUUAGAUAUGCCAGUUUAACUUGUACUAAUUGAUGAAGUGACAUGCUGGCAGAGGAAAUGGACAAAUGCUUUUAAAUGUAUUGCAAUUCUCACUAAAUAUUGGACCAUGUAGAGAUUGUAGACUAUGUCACAUAUUGACAUAUACCUACUAUAUCCAACUUAAGACAAAGUUUUGAUGCAAUUAAGAGGAAACCAUACGAAUAACCCCAAGUUAAAAGUGGUGCAAUACUACUUGUGUUCUUUUCAUAACAGUAUAUAGAUAUACAGGCAGGCAGUACAAAUUCAGACUUGACUCUUUUUUCAGAUGUAUACUUUGUAUAACAACUGGCAUGACUGUUCACCUCUGACUUCUCAUCUACUCAGGUUAAUCUCCUUUAUUUUGUGUCCAACAUAUCUUAAGAUAGUGACUUAAGUUACAUCUAUUCAUUCUAGGCUAAAUUGCCUGUGUAUACAUGACUGACUAGAUGUUCUUAGCUACCGGUAGCAUGCGAUUUGUGAAAAUAAGACUGAUGAAAGUGAAAAGUGUGUGCUUCAGCACACAAAUGAGAAAAAUGUAGAAUUUUUGCAGCAGAAGGAAUUUAACUAAAUUAAGUCAUUUAUGAUGCUGCUGCCUUAGCCACUUUGAUUGCUAAAUAGCAUGAUUUCUUGCUGACAGUAUAUAUAAUGUGCAAGUUGAUUAUGAGACUGUCUCUACACGUAUAGAGAAAUGUUAGAAUGUAGAACAAGCUGUACAGAAGCAAGAAGUGUGAUAUCCUUGUCUAAUAAAAUGUUUGAAUCUUGAAAUGAACAAA